AUGCCAUACGGACGAGGUGGUGCUGGAAACAUCUACGCCGUCGAGCAAGAAGUGGCACGAACCAAGGCGAAUGUCGAAGCCAACCAUUUCACAGCAGCGAGCUCUGGCGUCGACGAUAAGCAGCCAACGGAUCAGAUGCGGGAAGGAGAGCGACAGUAUGCCCAUACUGGACGAGGGGGUGCAGGCAAUUACUACAGUCCCCAGCAGCUGACCGAGACCGGCUCGUUCAGCAAUGCAGCUCGUUCUCAUAUCAUUGGCGAUGGCACUCAAGCACCUUCGCCACAAGCCUCAGACAAGAUGGCUUCAUCUGCAACUACCAGCGAGCAGUCGAGUUCUGGGCUGUCCCGCAAGGUCGGCAGAGGCGGUGCAGGCAACUACGCCUUCGGUGUGGGUGAGAGCGAGGAGAAUGCCGCCCGUAAGCGAAUAGACGAGGAGCAAAGACGGCAGCAAGUGCAGGCCGAUGUUGAGAAGGGCGUGGGAGCCAUGUUAGUUCCGCCACCGAAAGCAAGAGUGACGGGUGCUGAGUUCUUAGUAUCGAGCUUUGAAGCAGCGAGGUGUGGAGCUGAGCAGGAUGACACCGCGUAUUGA